UUGUCUAAUCGAAAUCAAGCAGUUAAUUUUGCAUCGAGUACUGAUGAUGAAGGGAAUUUAGAACCGGCAAGGCAUCAAGUGAAAAGAAAGCGCACAGAAAUAAACGAUAGUAGCUUUAAUUUUAAUUAUUCGAAUUCUAAAUGCCGAAUGAAUUCAAGUAUUAAAAAAUCGGAUAUGGAAAGUUCAUCUACAGACGGUACUUCCAUUCUUUCUACAUUACGAGUUAAAAAACAUUGGGUUGAACCAAAACUCGGUUGGUGCAGAGAUGAAGUUACUCUUCAAAGGCGUACAAAAGAAAUUGCUAAAGCAAAAGAAAAGCCAAUAUAUAUCAAAUACUUUUCAAUGAUUGCACGGAGCUCUCGUACAAAAAAUAUGCCAAAAACUCCGAACAAAUAUAUCAAUUAUUCACGUAGAUCAUGGGAUCAGCAAGUGUAUUUUCAUGCUUUAUGUGUAUAUUUAAAAAAAUCUCUACUUCAAUCGAAUACGCUCACAUUGACCUCUGAGUCAACGCUGAAAGGAACGCCAAAGAAUGUUCUUGGACCUCGUGAUUUUAGUCAUUUGUAG